GGCUGUCAAUGUUUUUAUCGUUCACCAGUUGGAGAAAAUCGGUUUGAAACUGAUAUCCUUUGUCUGUGCCGUUAUCGUACAGUUGUGUAAUAUAACACAAGAAGAUCUGAAGAAGACUACCAGACCCCCAUCAGACGAGGAAGAGGCUCGCCUCAUUGAACAGGAAGUGAAUAUGAGUGCAUCCUUUAAGAAGCUUCUGGAUUUGAGUUCGGGAGAUCACGCCGCUGGAAUGAAGCCUAUAACCUUUGUUAGACAGGUCAUCGCUGGAUGUUUGUAUCCGAGUGUCUUGCAGAGCGACGCUCUUCCUCCUGACGCUCGUCUCAGAGCUCAGACGUUACUCCAGCACUUUGAUGGAGGCAGUAUCGGUUCAUACACUGGGUCCUGUGGAUCGAUGUAUGUGAGAAACACUAUAGCGAAGUUCAUUUCGCUGCGGGACGGAGGAAUCCCAUCCACUCCAGAGCACGUCUUCAUCACUGUUGAAGCCCAGAGAGGUUUUAUGGUGAUGAUGCGACUGCUGUGUCAAUCAGAGGGCGUGUCUUCGGUUAUGAUCCCUGACCCCGCCCCUCACUCUCUGACACGCCUCCUGGAGUGGAUGGGCGUGGUUCCGGUGCCCUAUCGGCUUCAAGAACAGUGUGGGUGGAGUUUGGAGAGGGCGGAGCUUAACAGAGUAAUCAAGGCGUCGAGGGGGCGGAGCUCUCCGCGGGCAAUUUAUAUCAGUAACCCUGGCAACCCGACAGGGCAUGUCCAGUGCAGAGAGUCCAUCGAGGAUGUGAUUCGCUUCGCUGCCGACGAAGGCCUUUUCUUGCUGGUCAACGAGGUUUAUCAGAACACAGUUUUUGCGGACGGCUCUGAGUUCGUGUCCUAUAAACGCGUUCUGGCUGAGAUGGGAGACCCUUAUUCUGAGAGCGUUCAACUGGCCUCGCUUCACUCGCUCUCCAACGGCAUCAUGGGAGAGUGUGGUUUCAAGACGGGUUAUAUGGAGCUGGUGAACGUCGAUCGAGCUGUGAUGUUAUACGCUGAUACGCUUCUGACGGGAGAUUUGUGCCCUCCUGUGAUUGGUCAGAUUGCUCUCGAUGUCAUGGCUGAUCCGCCCCGUCCUGGAGAUCCUUCCUACGCUUUAUACACACAGGAGGUGGCGUCUAGGCUAAAGACUCUGAAGUGUAACGUUUCCAGGGCUGUGGAGUUCAUUAAUGGUCUUCCGGGAUUCAGCUGUCAGUCAAUUCAGAGCGGAGUCUUCAUCUAUCCGUACCUGACUCUUCCUCACUCAGCUGUGACACACUCACAGUCUUUAGGCUCGUUUUACAGCAGGAGGUUGUUGGAGGAUCAGGGUGUGUGUGUCGGGAUCAAUGAAGAUCACAAACACUCACGGAGCUGCAGCCAUUUCAAGUUGUGUGUGCUGAUGCCAUCAGACGAACUGGAGGAGGCUCUCCGUCGCCUUCGAUGUUUUCACUUUCAGUUCCUCAAGGAACACUGUAAAAUUACAUUCAGUGCAUCACAACAGAGUACUUAAAUAAGUGUAAUGCACAAAUCAGGGAUGUGAUUUUUCCGGAUUAAUCCAGAAUUCCGGAUUUUCCAACCUGAAAAUGUGACCUACGUGAAUCAUGCAGAUCUGUAAAAAAAACUCUGUAUAUUUUCCUGCUUUUUUGUCCUUAGCCAAUCACAUGCCUGACAAAUUCAUAAAGGCCUACUGAUGAAACUACGCAGGUAAUUCGUAUUAUGCAGCACAUUUUCAUGUGUUUUUUUUUUUUUAUCAUCAUAUUAUUAUAAAAUAGCAGCACAAACAUUCUGGGAUAUUUAUGGUGUUAGUUUGAUCAAAUCACACAAAUCAGUCUAAUUCAAUUAACAUUAUUCCAUCCUGUUAUUACUUAACCCUAACCCUAACUCAUUUUUUGUUUUUAAGAAGAGUGUAAAAGCAUUACUAAUAGAAAAAUAUAUUGCAUCUAUUUAGUAGGAAAAUGUGUUAUUUGAUUUAUGACUUUGGUGCUGCAAAGUAAAUGUGUGUUGUGUACCUCUUUGGAAUUGUAAUUUGAUUUAUGUUAAUAAGGGGCAGAUAUUAUAAGUUUAUCUCCUUUCUGCUCCUUUUCAUUUCUUUUUUUUUUUUUCAAAAGAAUGAAAUAAAAUAUAUAUGAAUACUU